GGCAGUGUCCUGCGUGGAGUCCUUAUCAGCCAUCUUAGGGCGUGACCAAUGAAUGAUGGCCACUACAGGUGGUGAUAUAAUUAUCAAAGUUAUUGGUUCAGCCCAGGUAACAUCACUGUACAUAACGUUGACAACAGUUGAACCUCAAACCGAACAAACAUUCAAGUCCUACCUUCAAUCAAAGAUACGAUUGAAAAAAGGCUCCUUCACGAUUAUCAAAUUCAAACCUACCAAUAAUGAGGGGACAGUAGAAAUAGAAAUAAGCUUUGCUAGUAUCAAUAAAGCAAAGAGAGCACGAAGAGUUAUUAGUAAACACACUCCUAAUGCCAUCGUAUCUCUUCAAAGCUUUUCGUCAGCUACUCUAAGAGAUUCAAUAGUAAAGUACAGAGGCAUGAUGACACUUAAAACCUCACAAUAUAUUGAGCAACAUGACAUUAAGAUUCAAAAUGUACAGGCACACGAAAAAGAACUAAAGCAGGAGUCGAAGAAGCUAAGUCUAGCUGAGGCUGGAAGGAGAUUGUCUAGUUUAGAAGUCGUUAAAGAGGAAGUGAAAGAGCUUCGUAGACAGAAAGAAGAGUUCUUAAAAACGUGUGCCGAUAUUGAUCAGAAGUUUGUUCGAUUGGAAGCAUCAUUAUAUUCGAGACGUAAACCACUCAAUGACCAGAUGACUUCCCUACAGAAAAGAUUUGCAAGAGAAUGUGUCCGUUUAUUCAAAUCACUACCGAUAUACGCCAGACGUAGUGACAUAAUCAAUACUGUUACUAGGAACCAGGUUGUUGUUCUUAUUGGUGAAACAGGGUCUGGGAAGAGCACACAGAUUGUACAGUAUUUGUAUGAUGCAGGGUUUGGGGAACGUGGCCUCAUCGCAUGCACUCAGCCAAGAAAAGUAGCAGCCAUUACACUCGCUAAUCACGUCUCAAAGGAAAUGUGUUCGUCUGUUGGUGAGGUGGUGGGUCAUCGUUUAGGCUCCUUUGAUAGUACCAGCUCUGAAACUGUUAUAGUCUAUAUGACCGAUCAUAGCCUCCUUAAUGAGAUCAUAGCUGACCCAUGGCUCAGGCAAUACUCGUGUUUAGUAAUAGAUGAAGCACACGAGAGGAGUCUCAAUACAGAUAUACUAUUGUCUCUUAUCAAGCAGUGCUUGCUGCAGCGUCCCGAAUUAAGAAUCAUAAUCACAUCAGCCACAAUUAAUCCCGAUAUAUUUGUCAAGUAUUUUGGUGGCAGUGUCUCUUGUCCUGUUGUUAGAGUUUCUGGACGAACUUUUCCAGUUGAAGUCAUAUGGAAUCCAUUGAGUAUACAGUACUCAGCCGACUGCACUCCACUAACCAUUGACAUUGUUAACAAUUGCCUGUCAGUGGUUAAGAAGAUACACACUGAAGAGCCUGAUGGUGAUGUACUGGUAUUCCUCUCCUCUCUUGGUGAUAUUGAGACAGCUUGUUCAGCAGCUACUGAUGAAUUCCCUGAUGCUGUAGUACUCCCAUUGCAUGGCCGUCUCCAACCAGAUGAACAAAGGAGAGUUUUUGAAGAUGUCCCAGGAAGAAGGAAGAUAGUAUUCUCUACAAAUGUGGCAGAGACCUCAGUAACUAUACCAGGAAUAAAGUAUAUCGUUGACAGCGGUCUAGCCAAGGAGAUGUGCUUUGAUCCAAAGCGUAAUAUGAAUUCACUAGAAGAGUGUCUCAUCAGUAAGAGUUCUGCUGAGCAGAGGAAAGGGCGUGCUGGUCGUGUUAGUGCUGGUAAAUGCUACCGUAUAUACACAGAGGACCAGUAUUAUAAUAUGAGAGAGAGAACGCCACCAGAGAUACUUAGAAUGCACCUUAUUCAUGCUGUCCUUAAGCUGUAUGAGUUUGGUAUUGCUGAUAUCCUCUCAUUUGAUUUUGUUGAGAAACCAGACCAGGCAACACUGAAAUCUGCCGUGGAUACACUCCAGUUUCUUGGUGCAGUUAAUGAUGGUAGCAGUCAAGAUAGAUUAACCAAGUUUGGGCGUCAGUUAGCUAUUUUACCAAUUGAUCCUCAGCUGGGUAAAGUGUUACUGGAUGGUAUAGAAGCUGGUAUAGGCCUGGAGGCUGCAGUGUCUGUUUCGUUAUCUAGUUUUGGAGGUAAUGUAUUCUAUAGAGCAGGGAAUGACGAAGCAAAGAGAGAAAGUGAUAGAAUGAAGAUCCAGUUCGUUCAUUCUGGUGGUGACCAAAUGACGUGUCUUUCUGUUUACAAAAAGUGGUCAUCUUGUAAGAAAGAGGAAAGGAACAGGUGGUGUGUAAGGAAUUACAUCAAUGCAAAAAGCAUGAGGAUGGUAGAGGAGACAGUCAAAGAGUUGCGUCAUAUUCUCUGUUAUAGUUUUCAGAUAAACCUACCACAUAAGCUACCACCUUCGUUAUCAUUAGCUGAGUCACAGCUCCCAAAGCUUUACUUCUUCGCAUUUCUACGCAACCUUGCUGUGUACUUAGGCCACUCUUGGAUUGGUUACAUGACUACCGCACACCUGUCUUCAAUAAAUGACCCUUUGGUUCCUUUUCCUGGCUCUGCUCUAGUACAGCAUAAUGAGACUCCACAGUAUGUCAUUUAUGAAAAGACGCUGAAGACAUCUAAGCAUUUUUUACUUCAAGUCCUCUCGGUCGAACAAGAUUGGAUAACUGAAGCAAUAUCACGUGGCCAAUUAUCUCAUGAUCCAGCUGAAGAUGCAAAGGAAUACAUUGUCUCUCCUGUUAUAUUAGAUAGGAUAGGCCAAGUCAUAGGUUCCAAGUGUUUCAGGAAUGACAUUAGAGGACUAACUGAGCGAAUGAGAGCAGUAUGUGAUGGAGCACCAGUGCAAGCUGACUUGGGCCAAUUGAAUUUGGGGAAAAUUUGUGUCUAUUCUUCAAAGAAAUAUCAUAACCGCCUGAAAGAGUUUUUAAGUAAAAAGGUUCAAAUGGCUCGUACUGAACUGUUAAGUGGAUGUAUUGAGAGUGGAGUUGUAAGACCAGAUGAUGUUAUUAGGGUAGUCCUCAGCAGAGGUGGUGCAAUAGAGCAUGUGUUGAUGCCCCAUCAGUAUCGAACUAUUGUAGUUAGGGGACCUAAUACUACUGCUAUAAAUGAAGCUGUGCCUGCCCUAACAGAGAGUGGAGUAAUUCUCAAUACAAAACUCAAGGAAUUUAAAAAUGAAUCAAAGCUAUUCGUUACCUUUUCUCAUCCUUUGAUGGCAUCUCAUGCUGUAUCCAAUGUCACAAAUUUGCCUAAAGAAGUUACUGUGAUUCCUCAAUUCCAAAAAGCAAGUGGGAGUCCUAGUUUAAAGUAUUUCAGGCUAAAGGUAGAGUGGGUAAGAAGAGAGAGGAAAGAUUUUGGCUUUGUUGAGUUUUCCACAUUUAAUGACUAUUUUAGUUGCCUUCAAAAAAUUGGUUCUUCAGUUAUUGUUUGUGGAUCAAUUUUACAGAUUAAGCCAUCACAUAAACCCAAUCAGCUCUUCAUGCCUCAAGUGGCUAAACACAUCACUAAAGAAGAUAUUGAAGAUGUUCUUGAUGCUCUUCUGCAAGAUACAGGUGCAGAGUACAAAGUAUUUUUUAUUCGUGAGAAGAGUUUUGAGACUAGUGAUGCAUUACACUUAGCUCUAGAGUAUCAAUUGAAAUAUGUGCUACAGAAAUAUGCCUUAGAGAACCAGUUUAUUGUUAAAUUUAAUAAACCUUCACCUCAACAUGCUGACUAUCGAGCUUUUGUUGAUUUUUUUGAUCCAAGUGUGGGUCAAAGGGUCAUGAAUAAUCUAAAUGGUGAGUCUGUUGCCGGGAAACCUUUAAACGUACAAGUUGUGCUGUGUACCUCAGUGCGAUUUACACCUCAGAUAUAUAGUGUUGUUUCUGAGGAAGUUGAUCAAGUCAAGGCCAAUAUAGAACAAGAGUUCUCGCAAGUGGUUCGUUUUGUACAGAAGCCUGACAAGUAUGGCAAUGUAAUAGUUGAGAUACAGUCUACUGAUGUUGAGGCUUUUGGAGCAGCAAAAUCAUUGCUCAACAAUCUACUCUUACCUGUUGUACAGGAGUGUCAGUCUCCUCUACUUUGUCACUACAUUCUCUCCAAAUUAUCUCGUAAAGAAUUAGACGACAUACAGUGUGCCACAACAACUGUCAUUAUAUGCAACACAAGAUCAAUGACUAUUAGUAUAUAUGGAAAUAAAUCCAAUCAAGAGCUUGCCAGGUGUAAAUUAGAUGAUCAUAUUCAGUACUUGGAAAGUAGAGGUAUCUCAAUCCAUGAUAUACACCUCAAAGGUCAAGGCAAACCACCAGGCCUAAUGAAACACAUUGUCUCAACAUUUGGUGUUGAUUUGACUGGUUUAUUAUCACUAGAAGGAGUUGAAAGUGCUACAUUAGAGCCACGAAAGCAAGUACUGAGUAUGUUUUGUUCGAAUGAUGCUUAUGAUCACAUUAAAAAGGUAAUCUCAGACUACUCGGUCUCUAAACCCAAAGCAAAUGCAGCAGAUGUUCUAGAAUGUAGUAUCUGUCUGUGUGAGAUAGAGGAUGCGUCUGAAGUAUUUUUAUUAGAGUAUUGUGGCCAUGCCUCACACAUUCAGUGCAUAGCAGUACAAGUUGCUGCUAAUGCUGUCACUUUCCCUCUACAGUGCUCUGCUGAGGGCUGUUCUGAAAGUUUUGUAUGGCAAGAUUGUGAGAAUCUUUUCAAGAAAACAUCGUUAACAUUGGCAGGAUUAGUCGAGUCAUCAUUGAAAUCGUUUCUUGGUGCUAAUAGAGACAAGGCAAGGCCCUGCCCCACUCCUGAUUGUCAGAUGGUGUAUGCAGUUUCUAAUGACGGCCAACGAUUUGUCUGUCCACAUUGUCAGAUACAAAUCUGCACGACAUGUCACGAGCAGUACCAUGAUGGUCUCACAUGUGAGAUGUACAAGAGUAGCAAGAAUGUUGAAAAUAAAUUUCAAGAAUGGCUCAAGGAAAACCCGAAAAACCGUAAACAAUGCCCCAAGUGUACUAUUGCCAUUGAGAAGACGGAAGGAUGCAAUUACAUGUAUUGCAUACAGUGCCGCACUCAUAUCUGCUGGGUAUGUACGAAACCAUUUGAUAAUGAACAAGACUGUUAUGCACAUUUACACAAAGUACAUGGUGGUAUACAAUAAUUGAAUAAAUAAUGAGACAUGUA